AUGAAUGUUUCUGAGUUUCUAAAAGUUUGGAAAGACGUUAAAGUUUGUGAUGACGUCGUCGCUGAUGGUGGCAGUGGUGGUUGUAACCUUGAUAUUGGUGUACCCUCUUUGUCUGAAGUGGAUGAUGGAGACGAGGUUCCUGUAGAAUAUGGUGAUGUAUCACGUGAUGAUUUUGGUGGUGAUGACGGUGGUUGUGAAGUUUUUGAUGAAGCGGGGUCGUUCUUUUAUGGUCAGCGGAGUAAGCGGAGGAGAUAUGAUGGUUUGAAGACGGAUAGUAUAUCCUUGUGCAAACCUCGUGAACCAUAUGCCUGCCUGAAAACUUUUAGCACUAAUGAGGGCAGUUAUGACAAUUUUGUUUCUGGUGAUUCCGGAAGAAAGAGGGUGAAAGUCCAGAUAGCUGGCCGCGGUAAGCCGAGGAAGGGAUCGUUGGCUGCCGUUACUGCUUUACGCGAGGAGCUGCUGAGGAAAAAGACACUACUCGACAAGUCUUGUCGUCAAGAAGUCGUGGAUUCUUCCACAAAUGAAGAGUUUCCGACCAUUGCAGAAGGGGAAAGCACGCUGGAUGAGUUGCUGCUUAGUGUAGAAGAUUUAGUACCUGUCGGGAACUUGGCAACAAUCGUUGAAAAAAGUUUGGCACCCGCGCAAACCUCAUCAGUCGAAGAUCCGACUCUGUCGGCGGUAAGUACGGAGGCGGAAACUCCCCUUAAGGUCGACGAGCCGGGUGAACGCAAAGAAAGUACUGGCAGUGCCCCGAAAGCGGGGAAGCUAAGCAUGUUUGCACGGGCGAAGUUGUACGUAAGUGGUGGGGAUGCUCUAGAAGGAAAGGCAAACAUAGAAGAUUUUUUUGGAAAGAGGUUUACGUCAUAG